AUGUCGUUCGAUCAUCGACUCACUGGCAUUGAUGGCUCUGUUCUCACCAUCAGUGACCUCAAGGAAAAGGCGGGCAAGGCACUGCCAGGUCCUGUUAGAGGUUAUGUCGUGGACAAUGAGGCUGCCUUUGACCGGUACAAGUUGAGGCCACGCAACUUGAAGGAUGUAUCAGCCCUGGACACCUCUACAACCUUUCUAGGAACAAGGGUUACCUUCCCCUAUGGCUUCUCGCCCAGCGGCCAACAUCAACUGGCUCAUCCGGAUGGAGAGGUGGCCACGUCCAAGGGUGCAGCCAAGAACAACAUCCCGAUGGUUCUAUCGACCUACACCUCAAAGUCGCCUGAGGAUGUUAUCGCGCAGGGGACAGGAAACCCUUACAUGAUGCAUAUCUGCUUCUUCAAAGAUCGCAGCAAAACUCUUGAGAUCAUCAAGCGAGCCGAAGCUGCUGGGUUCAAGGCCGUCAUUGUCUCCGUUGACGUUGCCGCACUAGGCCUUCGACUUAAUGAAUACCGCAACAACUUCAAGCUACCCCCUGGAGUCACCAACGUCCUGAUUGCGGAUCCGACCGGCGCCCAGAAGAAACGCCCUGAAUGGGAUCCAUCCAUCACCUGGGGAGAUUCUAUCAAGUGGCUUCGACAACACACCAAGAUGGAGAUCUGGCUGAAAGGAAGUAAGGGAACCUUAGUCUUGACGUAUUAUGAUGUUGCCUUGGCCAUCCGGCACGGAGUUGACGGGAUCCUCAUCUCCAACCAUGGAGGUCGUCAAUUAGAUGGUGUUCCAGCGACACUAGAUGCCUUGCGCGAGUGUGCACCAGUGGCCAAUAAUAAGAUCAAGCUUGCCGUUGACGGCGGAAUCAGGCGAGGAUCUGACAUUUUCAAGGCCCUUGCCCUUGGCGCAGACUUUUGCCUGGCUGGCCGACCACCUCUGUGGGGACUUGCUUAUAAUGGGGCUGACGGUGUUGACUUGUCGGUCAAGAUUCUCCUUCGGGAGUUCCGAACAUGCAUGGCACUCUGCGGUUUCCGGAUGGCAGGCUUAGCCGCCUCUAAUUACAUUCCAAAAAUCCACCAAUGA